AUGGCUACCAUCAAGGACAAGUUGGAAGAGGACAUCCGCAACACCAUGCGGGCUCGCGACCGACAACGGUUGGAGACGCUGAGAUUCCUGAAGAGCCAAAUCCAGCUGGUAGAGAAGAACAAUCUCAAGGAACUGGAUGAGUCUGGCGUUACCGAUGUGGUGGCGAAGCAGGCCAAAGACCGCCGGGAAAGCAUCGAGAUGUUUGGCCAGGGCGGGCGCGACGACCUCGUGGCCAAAGAGGAAGCGUCGCUGGCCGUCCUCCUGGAAUACAUGCCCGAACAACUCGGUGACGACGAACUCGAGGCCAUCGCCCGCCAGGCCAUCGCCGAUACCGGAGCGGCCGGCCCGGGCGACCGCGGCAAGGUGAUGGGCCGGAUCAUGCCGCAGGUUCGCGGCAAGGCCGAUGGCAGCCAGGUCAACGCCAUCGUAUCCCGACUGCUCGAAGCGCCGGGCUGA